CCAGGUCGCCUCGAAACUACAGUAGUGUGGACCGUCCGUUGCCAUGUAUGGUUUGAGAGGUUAGCUAGGGAGUGACGUUUGUUAGGGAGUGACGUUUGCAGUGCCGAACGAGGUUCAUUGAAGUCUUGGUUGAAGUAUAUUUUCGACCUAGAUUCAUUGAAGUCAGCAGCUCCAGCGAGUCGGCGGGGAGACCAAAACACGGUUAUGAUCAAACGUAGCAGGCAUAGAAGGAUCCCUGAGCGGAGUCCCUACUUCUGUUUUUUUAUGGGAAACUGAAGUUGGGUUGAAAAUACUGUAUCCCUGAACCAGAAACAUCUGCUUUCUUCCAAUUCUGUGGAGAGUGCAUUGAUCGAGACAGCCUAAAUCCUUUGGCUCCCACCACAGCCUCCACACCUGUGUGUCCUGGGAACUGCUAGCCUUCCCUCACCAGAUGUAGUGGGGAGUUGUCGUUUCCAGCCUUGUACACGACUUUUGUGCUGUCUAGUGAAGUAACCCCACCAUGCGUGAAUACAAGCUAGUGGUGUUAGGCUCCGGAGGUGUCGGCAAAUCUGCACUGACAGUCCAAUUUGUACAAGGUAUAUUUGUGGAAAAAUAUGACCCCACAAUAGAAGACUCCUACAGAAAGCAAGUUGAAGUGGACGGGCAGCAAUGUAUGCUUGAAAUCCUUGACACAGCUGGAACAGAGCAGUUCACAGCAAUGAGGGACCUGUACAUGAAGAACGGUCAAGGCUUCGCUCUUGUAUACUCCAUCACUGCACAGUCCACGUUUAACGACCUACAGGACCUGAGGGAACAGAUCCUGAGAGUAAAGGACACUGAGGAUGUCCCCAUGAUCCUGGUAGGCAACAAGUGUGACCUGGAGGAUGAGCGUGUGGUGGGCAAAGAGCAGGGACAGAACCUGGCCAGACAGUGGAACAACUGUGCCUUUCUAGAGUCCUCCGCUAAAUCAAAGAUCAACGUUAAUGAGAUUUUCUAUGACCUGGUCAGACAGAUCAAUAGGAAAACGCCGAUAGAAAAGAAGAAAGCAAAGAAGAAGUCAAAUUGCACACUGCUCUAAAGUUCUUACUUGCAGCAGCUCUGAGCCAGGAAACUGAAUUACACAACUGUUACCCAGUUGGAAGGUGCCAGCAUUCCAAGACCUUUCAACAACGUUUGGAGAAGUUUGACAAAGGCAGACAUGUAAUUCUCUUCCUCCCCACUCUAAUAAUGGAGGAUUAUUCUUCUUGGAUACUCUUCUCUGCUUCUUAAUGGUUACAGACCUUUUUCUUUCUUUUUAAAUUUGUCAUUGGGUCAGCCUUGUGAUGAAGAGUUUUGCCUUUCACCUGUUUUGGAAAUUACAAUUUAAAAGAAGAGACCACCAUGCGGAUUUGGGGAAUUAGGUUGUUUUGAUUGCAAAUAUUGUCAGAUCAUUGGCACAUUUCAAAUGAUACGUUUGCAAAAUAAAUCAUGGGAAAUGUUGGCCUUUUUCAUUACCAUACCCUUCUGCACUAAUUGUGUCAACAGUAAUACAUCAAUGUCCAUAUGUUUUCUUUCUCCUUCUACUUUUAAGUACUUGUAUUCAUCAAAUAACAUAUUUCCUAAGUGACUUUGUUUUAUGGGAAGCUGUAAGGCUUUCAUAUUUCCCAUAACAUAUUCUAAUUACUUUUUUGCAUAAUGAAGCUGUGGAAAAUGUAUAUUUUAUAGAAUGGGGGAAAUGAAGAGACUUAAUUUGUUUGUCUUGAGGCUGAAAAUAUAUUGUACUAAAAAACAACUCUAAUAUUGCUUCUUGUUACCCUGUCACAAAAGAUUUUCCAGCUUUUAUGAAUGAUUAAAUUUUAGUACAUUUUCAUUA